CCGGCUUCCGGCGCGUCUCCCGGGCAACGUCCGCCCCGCCCCGCCAUGGCGCCGGAGGAGCGCGCGGGGGCCGCGGGGGUGCUGCGAAGCUUCGAGCGCCGCUUCCUGGCUGCGCGCGCGCUGCGCUCCUUCCCCUGGCAGGGCCUGGAAGAUAAGUUAAAGGGGCCGGCGGGUUCCGAGGUGCUGCUGGGCAUUUUGCAGAAGACCGUCAGGCACCCCGUGUGCGUGAGGCACCCGCCGUCGGUCAAGUACAGACGGAGCUUCCUGUCCGAGCUCAUCCGCAGGCACGAGGCCGUGCAGCCGGAGCCCCUGGACGAGCUGUAUGAGGCGCUGGCAGAAGUGCUGAUGGCCCAGGAGGGGGCCCCGUGCCACCGGAGCUACCUGCUGCCCUCAGGGGACGCAGUCACACUUGCAGAGAGCCCAGCCAUAGUGUCCCAGGGCACCACAGGCCUGGUCACCUGGACUGCCGCGCUCUACCUCGCCGAGUGGGCCCUGGAGAACCCGGACACCUUCGCACACAGGACGGUGCUGGAACUGGGUAGCGGGGCUGGCCUCACGGGCCUCGCCAUCUGCAAGGGCUGCCGGCCUCGCGCCUACAUCUUCAGCGAUGGCCACAGCCGUGUCCUCGAGCAGCUCCGCAGCAACGUCCUGCUCAAUGGCCUCACGCCACAGCCUGGCCCCGCAGCCCCUGACCCCCAGGACACGCAGCUCCCCCAGGUGGCAGUGGCCCAGCUGGACUGGGACCUGGUGACAGGCCCUCAGCUCGCCGCCUUCCAGCCUGAUGUCAUCAUUGCUGCAGAUGUGCUGUACUGCCCCGAGACCACACGCUCCCUAGUGGGCGCCCUGCAGCGACUGGCCAGGUGCCAGGGACACCCAUGGACUCCUGACGCCUACGUGGCCUUCACCGCACGCAACCCAGACACAUGUCGGCUGUUCACUGAGGAGCUGGGCCGGGCUGGGAUCCCAUGGGAGAAACUGCCUCAGCACAACCGGUGCCUGUUUGCCUACGACGAGGAGACGGUGGAGACGUCGAUUCUGAAACUGACACUGGGGGGCCCCCCCAGAACCCACUCGUCCCAGGGUGGGAUGUCUCUGGACACACACGGGGGACCCCAAACGUGCGAAUAAAGUCCGU